CCGACCAGGGUUUCUUCACCUUGCCUUCUUUCUGCUGCUCUGGUUUAGAGGACUGAGUGAUAUUCUGAGACCACUCAGCGAGUUCACUCGGAGAGUUCGCUUCUAUCUGGAACGCCAAAAAACGCAUCAAGACCCAGUAUUUUGAUUCCGGUAUCUCUCAACCCAUUUGGAGAUUUAUGCAGGUUUCAAUCCAAAACCCAGAAGAAACCCUUCUAAUCCCAUGCCAAAAUGCUCAACUUACUACUCGAAGCUCCUCGGCAGCUCAAUCCCACAGGGCGUUUGGAAGCUGAGUCUUUAUCCAAUCCCGCCAUGUGAGUUGUUAACUUCUUCACUUCUUUCUCCCUAUUCAGUUGUUGCAAUUCCAUCCAACCAAACUCUCGAAGCCGAACCUGUAAACAAUGACGAAAUCCAGCCCCCAAUUUCUGAUGAAAUGUUCAGGAAAGGUGCCAAAUUGGGAUCUUACAGAUCGGGUGAUUCGACAUUUUAUUCACUCAUUGAGAAUUACGCGAAUUCGGGUGAUUUUCGGUCCUUGGAGCAGGUUUUGGAUCGCAUGAAGCGCGAAAGGCGGGUUUUUAUUGAGAAGAGCUUUAUUCUGAUGUUUAGAGCUUUUGGAAAAGCGCAUUUACCCAAUAAAGCUGUAGAAAUGUUCUACAGAAUGGUGGAUGAAUUUCAGUGUAGACGAACUGUUAAGUCGUUUAAUUCGGUUCUUAAUGUCAUUAUACAGGAGGGUCAUUAUUCUCAUGCUAUAGAGUUUUAUUCCCGUGUUGUUGGUACUUCAAACAUGAACAUUUCGCCCAAUGUACUCAGCUAUAAUCUGAUUAUCAAGGCCAUGUGUAAGUUUGGAUUGGUUGAUAGAGCGGUCGAAUUGUUUAGAGAAAUGCCGAGUAGGAAUUGCACUCCUGAUGUUUUCACGUAUUGUACAUUGAUGGAUGGGUUAUGCAAGGAUAAUAGGAUUGACGAAGCGGUUUUUUUGUUGGAUGAAAUGCAAAGAGGGUGCUUGCCGAGUCCUAUGACGUUUAAUGUGUUAAUAAACGCAUUGUGCAAGAAGGGUGACUUGGCACGUGCAGCGAAGCUUGUUGAUAAUAUGUUUCUCAAAGGCUGUGUUCCAAAUGAAGUCACAUAUAACACCCUUAUUCAUGGUUUGUGUCUCAAGGGUAAGUUGGAUAAGGCAGUUAGUCUUUUGGAUCGAAUGAUUUCAAAUAAAUGUGUGCCUAAUGAUGUGACAUACGGAACAAUCAUCAAUGGACUUGUUAAGCAAGGACGAGUGGUUGAUGGGGCUCGAGUGUUGAUCUCUAUGGAGGAAAGAGGGCGUCAUGCAAAUGAGUAUAUUUAUUCGGUCCUUGUUAGUGGACUGUUCAAGGAGGGAAAAUCUGUUGAUGCAAUGACAUUGUGGAAGGAGAUGAUGGAGAAGGGAUGUAAACCCAACACUGUUGUCUAUAGUGCUCUGAUAGAUGGCCUUUGUCGAGAAGGAAAACCAGAUGAAGCCAAGGAAGUAUUCUGUGAGAUGGUGAGUAAUGGUUACAUGCCCAAUUCCUUCACUUAUAGCUCCUUAAUGAGGGGGUUCUUUCAGACGGGUCAGAGUAAAAAAGCCAUUCGUUUGUGGAAUGAAAUGGCAAACAAGAAUUUUAUGCAUAAUGAGGUGUGUUACAGUGUCCUAAUUCAUGGUUUAUGCAAGGAUGGGCAACUCAAAGAGGCCCUGAUGGCGUGGCAGAAGAUGCUAGGAAGUGGACAUAAACCUGAUGUUGUGGCUUAUAGUUCAAUGAUUCAUGGCCUUUGCAAUGAUGGUUUGGUUGAGCAGGGUUUGAAACUUUUCAAUGAAAUGCUUUGUCAGGAGCCUGAAUGUCAACCAGAUGUUAUCACUUUUAACAUACUUUUCGAUGCUAUCUGCAAGCAGAGUAAUAUCUCCCUUGCCAUUGAUAUUUUAAAUAGAAUGCUGGAUAGGGGUUGUGAUCCCGAUUCAGUUACGUGUGACAUCUUCCUGAGAACUUUGAGAGAAAAGCUCAACCCGCCUCAAGAUGGAAGGGAGUUCCUAAAUGAGCUUGUUGUCCGUCUAUUUAAGCAGCACAGGAUGGAAGGUGCUUCCCAGAUUGUGGAAGUAAUGCUGAAAAAGUUUUUGCCACCCAAAGCCUCUGUGUGGACAAAAGUUGUGCAAGAGCUUUGCAAGCCUAAGAAGGUUAGAGCAGGCAUUGACAAAUGUUGGAGCAGCCUAUAUUGCUAGUCUUAAAUUUCUGUCCAUUCUUUUGGAGAAGGAAACCAGAAAUAAUGAGGCUAACUUUUGGUUGAAGGAUUAAUGAUAUAAGUGAUCCAGCCUUUCAUAGUCGGCACUCUUGCAAAUUGUGAUGUUUGGACAGCUGUUUUAUGAAGUGAGCAAAAUAGUUCAUUCCUCUAAGCAGCAUAGGUCAAAUCUGCAGAUGACAAAGUUGGUGCAGGUCGACCUGGGGCAAUAAGCUUGUUGGAGAAUAUUGAAAUGUCUGUUGGUAAAAAGGUGAAUUUGGAGUCAGGUACAGACUUGAACACUGAUCUCUUCAUCUUAUGCCUGACAUGUUAUGUGACACCGUUGGGUUAGUGGUGAAAUGUGUCUGAGAAUUAACUCUCUCUUACUAUUUUGUACCGCUUUCAUUGCUGAGAAGACUGAGCGACAGUGAACAACAAACUUCAACUGUCAAUUGGUUGUAGAUUGCAUAUUACCAAACAAAAUCUCCACAUAGCUAUUUGUAUCGGGAUUCUGGCGUGUCUUGCUUAUGCGCCAUAUCGUAAGUUGCAUGCAGACCAAAGAAGACGUAGUAAAUAAGCAUUACCACAGUACAGAUUCCAAAUCUUUCAAAAGCUUCAGGACCCAAGGAUCCCAUAAGGAAGAUGUUU